AUGUUGUACCCACCAACAAUUACUGAUGAAAAGUCUGUCGCUGAUGAGUUGUCAUCUGGUGAUGAAGUUGAUGAUUGUGUCAGCGUGAGGAAGAAAACGAAACGAAAGAGCAUCACGUCUGAAUUUGCGAAUGAUUUCGCAUUUGAGAUAGCGUCGGAAGAAAAAGAUGACGAUGAAUUGAAAGCCGUUCGAGCGUAUUUGAAAAAGACGAAGUCAAGUAAUUUGCAAGAAAAGAUCGAUCGAGAGCGAGCCACACUUGCUGCAUUUGCUCAAGAAGAACAACAACAAACCGGAAAACGGGAGCAAUCAGUUGAUGAAUCUUCAAUGCACAUUGUACAAGAGAUGGAGCAUAUUGCUGAUACGUUACGAGACAAGAAAAACAAGAAACGAGCGAAACAGAAAGAUGCUGAAUCGGCAUUUUUUGAUGAGGAUGCCGGUGAAGUGGCGCUCAGUGCUGAACCAUCGAUUUCAUUUGAAUAUAUGAAACUUUCGCGACCGAUGCUCAAGGCAAUCGGUGCGUGUGGAUACACCAAGCCAACACCGAUUCAAGCAUCUUGUAUUCCAUUGGCGUUAGCUGGUCGCGAUGUAUGUGCUUGCGCUGCAACAGGAACUGGCAAGACGGCCGCAUUUAUCAUACCAAUACUCGAACGACUACUGUUCAAACCGAAACGCAAAUCCGUGACACGUGUGCUCGUCGUUGUGCCGACCAGAGAACUCGCUUUACAGGUAUUUCAUGUGACACGUACGCUAGCGCAAUACAAUCCAGUCGAAAUUUGCCUUUGUGCAGGUAUAAGACAUAAAUGGUUAGUGUGA